AUGAAGAGGCUGAAGCUCCUGAGAUGGAGUGGCACUGUACUCUCACCCCGAACGAGACCAGAACUCCUUCAACAUCAACCUCGUCUUCUCCGACGCUUCCAAGCGACCGCUACAGCCCCUUCAGAUCUCAAAAAUGAAUUCCUGCAUAAGCCUACAGAUGGACCGUAUCUCUCGGAGGAAGAGCUUAUGAAGUUACCCUCACCUCCGGUUGCCGCGGCGAGGACGUCCGCCAAACUAGCUGCCUUGCACGCUCGACUCGCCUUACCCUCUCGAUUUCCCCUCGAAACUUUGGCACGAACCCUUAUUGACGACUCGGCGGAUCGCUCGCCGCGAUUCAACAACAAAGCAUUUGCUCUGCUUGGAAACGACCUGUUGGGCUUCUAUACAUCUGAAUACAUUAUAAGUCAAUACCCAAGGCUACCGCUCGCGGUUAUCUACGCAGCGAUGUACGCCUAUCAUGGGCCAGCGACGUUGACACAAAUGACGAGGGAAUGGGGUGUAGAAGCUGCUGCAGAGCCUGGCGGCGAGGUAGACCCAGGGCUCUUACAGUUCAAGAGGAUGUCGCCGGAGCAGACUCUCGGAGAUGGGGAGUCAGGACCAAACAACAAUAACAAUGACCCGAGAGCCAAAUGGACGCGAAGUUUAAGUGCGAAGUCGGUACACAACGAUCAAUUUGGUGAAUUGCCGGAACAUCCAAUUCCACCAGAAGAUCUGGCCUCAAAGGGUGUCACCCUGCAACGAGCCAGCACCAACUUUGUGAGAGCAGUGAUUGGUGCAGUAUACUUGCACGCCGGAAGAGCAGCCGCAAAGAAAUUUUACAGCGAUCACUUCAUGUCGCGACAACUGGAUAUGUCGAGUUUAUUCCAGUUUAAGAAUCCAACCAGAGACUUGAGCCGAUUAUGUGGAAGAGAAGGAUUCCAGGCACCCGUGGCAAAGAUUCUGAGCGAAACAGGGCGGAAGAGCAGGACGCCCGUCUUCGUGGUGGGAAUAUACUCCGGCAGCGAUUUGUUAGGGGAAGGCGCAGGGGCCAGCUUGGACGAAGCCAGAACACGAGCAGCGGUUGCGGCACUCAAGGGCUGGUAUCUGUACAGCCCAACCGAAUUUCGGUUGCCGAGCGAAAUGGAAGAGCCUGGAGCCAAACCGUGGACGCCCAUUCUGGUGGAUGCCGGCGAAGUUGUCGGCUAA